UGUCCCCAACAGGCCGUGGAUGGGCGUGCAGGUCGUGGUCACCCUGCUGGCCGCCAGCCUGAUGCACAAGCUGGCCCCUCACUGCUCCUUCGCCCGCUGGCUGCUCUGCAACGGCAGCCUGUACAGGUACAAGCACCCCACGGACGAGGAGCUGUGCGCCCUGGCCGGCAAGCAGCGCCCCAAGAACAAGAGGGACAGGAGGAUGAACGGGGUGAGCGAGGACAAACCCCUGUGGGUGCCCCGCGACAUCGAGCUGCGCUUGGACACCGCCCCCAUCACCGCGCUGGACACGCUGGUGCUCAGGUAUUUCCUGGAGUACCAGUGGUUCGUGGAUUUUGCCGUCUACGCCAGCGCCGUGUACGUUUUCAGCGAGGGUUAUUUCUGCCUGGUCAGCCCCGCCAGGGAAACGAACCUGGGAGUGCUCUGGUGCCUGCUCAGCGUCGUGUUCUGCGUCAAGGUGUUCUCCACGGUGAUGCGGCACUAUUUCCGCUCGCAGGAGGGCGGGGAGCGCUCCGUGUGCCUCAGCUUCGCCUUCUUCUUCCUCCUGCUGGCCAUGGGCGCCCUGGUGCUGCGGGAGGAGCUCCUGGAGUUCGGCCUGGAGCCCGGGCUGGCCGCAGUGACCGCUAACCUGGAGCCCAUCCUGAAGCCGCGGGGCUGGGAGUGGACGCUGCCGCUGGCCAGGCUGGCCUUCAAGCUGGGGCUGGUGGCCCUGAGCUCCUUCCUGGGAGCGUGCCUGACCUUCCCGGGGCUGCGGCUGGCACAGACACACCUGGACGCGCUCAGGAUGGCACAGGACAGACCCCUGACACAGCUCCUGCUGCACGUGGGGUUCGUGGCCCCCCUGCUGGUGGUGCUGCUCUGGGUCCGGCCCCUGGCCCGCGAUUUCCUGCUGCAGGCCCCGCUGGGCAAGCACAGGGUGCAGCUCCUGUCGGACUCCUCGUUUGACACGUUCCGGCUGUGGGCGGUGGUGGCGCUGUCGCUGCUGCGGCUCCUGGGCACGCGGCCGCACCUGCAGGCGUACCUGGCGCUGGCCGAGCGCUGGGUGCAGCGGAUGCGCCGCGGGGCCGGGAGGGUCCCAGCGCUGGAGAUCCAGCAGCAGAUCACCAGGAUUUACUGCUACGUGUCUGUGGUGAGCCUGCAGUACCUGGGGCCCGUGAUCCUCACCCUGCACAGCGCCCUGCUGCUCAAAACGCUGGGUCACCACUCGUGGGGGCUGUACCCCGAGCCCCCCCCCGUGUCCCCAGCAGCCGCGGUGUCCCCGGUGUCCCCCGCGGGUGGCCCCGGUGGGGACGCGCAGGCGGCGGCGCAGGAGAUCUCGGCGCUGCUGGGCUGCAUCUUCACCCCCCUCCUGUUCCGAGGCUUCUUCUCCUUCCUCACCUGGUGGGUGGCCACCUGCCAGCUGGUCACCAGCCUCUUCGGCCUCUACUUCCACCAGUACCUGGCGGCCUCCUGACUGGGAGGGACUGGGAGGGACUGGGAGGGACUGGGAGGGACUGGGCUCUGCUGCUGGUCCCGCUUUGAGGACACUCGUGGGGAUAUCGGUGCCACCAGGGUGGGUUUGUGCCUGCUCCUCGUGGGGACACUGGGCCAGCAGUGUUGGGGACACUGUGGGGACGUCCUGGAGUGGCACCUGCACAGAUUUUGGGGUGUUCCCCCAAGGGGGGAUUUUGUAGGGUCUUGGUGUCGAGCUCUGUGUGACCCCUCAGGGGUGGCUGCUGCACAAAUAAACGAGUGACACCAGCGUGGUUGUCACACAAAAGCUG